GAAAAGGGGAUUUCGCCCUUUUAACCGAAACCUAUACUUUUCCACCGAAUGUGUAGUUGAUGGAGUGGUAGUGAUUUGGUGUUAGUAAAAACACUUUCCCACUUCACAACAUCUGGCGUAAACCCAAACAGGUGUAUUUUGGCUCAAAUUUGUUUUUCUUUUAAAUUUUCUUUUAUAAUUUCAAGAUCUGAGGGAAAUUUUUCUUUUCUCAAGUUGCAAUUGGUGUAUCUUGAGAUUUACGUACUCAACAAUCUUUACUACAAGAAUUCUUGAAACAGACAGACUUAAAGGUGAUUAAUAUUAUAGAGGAAGAUGUCAAAUUUCUUGAAGUGGUUUGGAGGAGCCGGUCGUAGCAAAGAUGUGACAAAGGAUACGAUCACUAGAUUUCAGGAUACUUUGUCUAUGUUUGAAAAGAAAGAACAAAGACUAGAGCGUCAAAUUGCUGAACAAAAUGAGAUUGCUAAAAAGAAUGCGACUACAAACAAAAGAGCGGCAUUGGCGGCUUUAAAGAGGAAAAAAAUGUACGAAAAUGAACUAGAGAAGAUAGAGGGAAGUCGUAUGAAUAUUGAGCAGCAACUCUAUACCAUUCAGAAUGCGAAUCUCAACUUUGAAACUUUACAAGCUAUGCGACAAGGUGCUGAGGCUAUGAAGCAAAUCCAACGAGGUGUAGAUGCUGACAAGGUUGAUAACAUUAUGGACAAAAUUCGUGAUCAACAAGCUGUUUCAGAGGAAAUUUCUGCUAUGAUUAGUACACCCAUAGGCUUGAACGCAGACGUGGAUGAAGACGAACUGGCAAACGAAUUGGACGAAUUACAACAGAUGGAACUCGAUAACAAGAUGCUUGGAGCUGAGAAGCCACCCAUUCAUGCUCCUGGGGUCCCUACAAGCACCCAAGUUGACAAACUUCCUUCUGUAAGUAAACCUCAAGUAGAUGAGGAAGAGGAAUUAAGAAAAUUGCAAGCUGAAUUCUCCCUAUAAUUGUAACGUUAUAUAUAUAUAAUGAAAAGCCCUAUAUGCAUUAAUGCUUAACGAAGGACAGAUGCAAAUGAAUUUAGAUGGGUGCAUUAUGCUGCUUGUUGCGAUGUAUCAAUAAAC